UACAACCUCAAUCUCUCCUCCUUCUUCAUCUUCUAAUUCUAAUCAAGUUCCUAGCGUCCCAACCAGAAGAUGAAUUCCACUACUCCUCCACCAGAGCAAAAUCUUGGACGAUUCCCCAUUAUCUUUGGAGCUUCCAUUGGCUCUCUUUCUCUAAUAGCAAUCAUUCUUCUCACUGUCUACCUCUGCACUCGCAGAAGACCAUCUCUGCCGGACCCUUCUUCCCAUGACGGCGUUUCCGCUUCCUCAGACGAUCAAGACCUCUCCUCCUCUGUCACCAUCAACAUCGAAGCCACUCUUAAUACCUACCCCAAAAUUCUUUUCUCGGAUGCCAAAAAUGAAAAGGGUGAUUCGAGUAUAGCUUCUUCUUGCUCGAUAUGCUUGGCAGAGUAUAGUGAUAGUGAUGUUCUGCGUUUGCUGCCGGACUGUGAUCAUCUCUUCCAUGUGCAAUGCGUCGAUCAGUGGCUGAAGCUACAUCCUACUUGCCCCAUAUGUCGAAACUCAUCGCGUCGUACUCAAAGUAAUCUAACACCUCAAAGUAAUCCUUCGCAAACUACACAACCCUUCUUUGAUCCGUUCUUUGUAAGGUUAAUGUACUAAAAUCAUUUUAGAUCCAAUUUUGUUUUUCUAUUCGAGGUUUUCUAAACUAAAUACGAUAUGUUUGUAAUUAGUAGUCAAUGUUAUC